AACCACUGGUAAAUAGUGUAAAAAAAUUCAUUUCCAUCCCACAAAUGACUCGGUUACCUAACCCAGUGUCCAAUUCGCCGCAAUUUCCAGUACUUAUCAGGCCUUCCUUCUCUGUGUAUGUGGCGAAUAAAAAUGGUGGAGAUUUAUUCGAUCUCCCGCGCGAGGAAACGUCAUUGACGUUUCGUGAGCCUCGAGUGAAAGACUUGUGAAAGACGCGUGUAUGGUGCAUGACUCGUACGCGACUUUAAUGUGCCCUUGAUUGACAAUCCCAUUUACCGACAGGUGUAUCAAAUACCCCGAGUCAUUGAAAUUAAGCCUGGCUAAUCAAAUAUCCACUAACUAGAAAGCGGUUAAGACGUACCAUGGAGCUCCUGGGGAUCCAAUUUGCUCCUCUGAAUGUACCGACGAAGAGGAGGCUCCAGACCUUGGCAGCAAGUGGUUGGAUCAUCGUGGUCGGUUUGGGAUCCUUCAUCUGCACUUUCUUGACAAUCUACAUUCUUCUUUUCUCCGAAUAUCGGUAUCUGAUGGCUCCCUACUUCCUGUGGAUUUAUCUCGACAGAAAGACCUGUGAUCGUGGGGGCAGAAGCGAAAAGUGGACGAGGUGGUUGAGAAACUGCGCUUGGUGGAGAUAUUACCGUGAUUACUUUCCACUGAAAUUGGUGAAGACAGCAGAGUUGGAUCCCAAGAGGAAUUAUCUUCUCUGCUCCUUUCCUCACGGAGUCCUUGCGACAGGAGGAUUUGGAGCUUUCGCGACGGAUGUGCUGGGCUUCAAGGACCUCUUCCCAGGGCUCAAAAUCACUAUCCUCACCUUGAAACAACACUUUCACGUGCCUUUCUUUCGAGAGUUCGUUUUUUGCGUUGGGGCUUGCAGUGCGAGUGCGAACAGUAUAGAAUAUCUUAUCGGAGGCCCUGAAACCGGAAGAGCAACAGUACUGAUCGUUGGAGGAGCUUCAGAAGCUUUGGAGUGCAAGCCAGGGUCAUAUCGAAUCGUCCUGAAGAGAAGGAAGGGUUUCGUAAAGCUCGCCCUAAAACAUGGAACUCCUCUGGUUCCAGUUUUCUCAUUCGGAGAGACGGAUUUGUACGACCAAGUGAACAAUCCAGAGGGGUCGUUUUUGAGAAAGUUCCAGGAGUUUUUCAAAAACUGCACGGGAAUAGCUCCGGUCCUGUUUCUUGGUCGAGGGAUGUUCCAAUAUUCCUUUGGAUUGCUGCCUCAAAGGAGACCUAUCACUGUUGUCGUGGGCUCACCGAUGGAAAUUCCAAAAAUUCCAAAACCAACGACCGAGCAGGUCGACGAGUACCACGCGAAAUUCAUAGACCGCUUGACAGAAUUUUUCGACAAAUACAAACACGAGUACCUGGCAAAUCCUGACACAUCGCUUAUAAUCGAAUGAGAGAUCAAGACUAAAAAUCUCUCUCUCCAAAAGGUGGAUUGACCGAGGAUUUCACUGCUUGAUCCCAAAGAUU